AUGGGGCUAUUGCAGAUCAAAAUCCCGCCCUCAUUGACGCCGCCACUUACUGGCAGUCCCCCACAGGGGACAGUUGACAGACUAGCUACCUUUUUUCUCGGAAAAUUCCAAGAAACCAAGAAGGAGAGCGAUCUGGCGACAUUACAAUGCACCGCACAGUUGAAGUUCGAAGCGUUAGAGAAGACACUGGAGGAGCAGACCCUCACUGUCACAGAACUCCGCCACGACAUGAAGUCCGAGAUCCAGUCCGAGAUAGAGUCCUUCCGAGACAAGGCCGCUAGCUACUUUCUCGACAAAUUCUCUGGGCAGUUGGAUGCCUUGGGUGCCAGACGGGGUGAAAAAAGCGAGCUUGCGAUCAGCCGCCUUGAGCACCGAGUCGAUGAUGAAGUCAAAAAUCUGAGCGACCAGCUGUCAGAUCUGUCGACAAAGGUGGCCAUCAGCAAUGCCGCUGUCAACGCCACCAUCGACGAUAUCAGAAAGAAAGUCAGUUCUGGGAAUGAUGUCUCGGCCGAAAAUCUGCGGCGUUGUGAAAGCGAGUUUCGGUCCAGAUUGUCGAGACUUGAAAAUCUUAUCGAGUCGAGUAAAACUGAGGCUACGAUCGAACGUGACAAAGUCACCAGGGUGUUCCAAGAUGCCAAUAAGAGGCUUCAGAGCAAGGUCGAUGGUCUGGAACUGUCUAUCAUGAGACAAUCUGAGGAACUGACCAAGCAGUCUGAGAAAAUCCACCGCCUCGAGAGCGAAUUACGAACUCUAUCUCAACUUGGCAUGGGACAGGAGAAUGCUCAUACCACGGUGAUGAAGAUGCUGUCUAUCCAAAGAGAAGAGUUGUCUAGAUUAGCCCAAAGCGUUCGUGAACAAACGAACACAUCUUCUGUCAAGGAAAGAGCGAGUAAGUACGAAGAGGACAGGACGGAAAGUUAA